UUAUCGCAGUUGCAAGACAACCGGGUUCAUCUCUGUGGAAGUUUUUCAGUUAUAUUCGUGCGGAUGUAAUUUUUGGAUAAAUCUAUGUCCAGAUAUGUACUCUAUUUCUCAGACUUAUGCAAGCGUUCAGUUGUUCUCUUUAAGGGGAAUAAAAAGGGACGUGAGAACUUGAGGGGCGCACUGCCUGCAGAUGUGUGCCCUUUAUAGUCAUCAUGGGAGUCCAAGGAUUAUGGAAACUGCUCGAGUCCACAGGGAGGCCAGUGUCACUGGAAUCGUUAGAAGGCAAAGUGCUUGCUGUCGAUGUGAGUUUAUGGUUACAUCAAGCGAUGCGGGGCAUGAGGGACGACGGAGGAAACGUCGCCACCAACGCUCAUCUCCACGUCCUCUUCAAUCGCAUCUGCAAACUUCUCUUCUACCGCAUCAAACCGAUAUUUGUCUUCGACGGCAGUGUUCCAGAAAUCAAGAGACAGACAACUGUUGCCAGGAGACAGAAACGGGAGAUUGCCGCUGGAAAAUCAAAGAGGACAUCAGAGAAGAUCAUUAAGACGUAUCUUCAGAGCCACGCCCUUCAGGCCGUCAUGGGCGAGGCGAGUGGUUCUCAGGACAGCUCAACGCCAAAACUGAAGAAGUUACCGACCGAGCCAGACAUGUUUGAGCUUCCUCCAGUCCCUUCUGCCUUGUUGCAAGACUCGUGGAGUGAUUCUGAUUCGGAUGAUGAUACUGCUCUGAGAGUCGACCAUUUUGACCGUUUUCAGAAUCUGGAUGAUGUCGACAUUGACUCUGAAAGCUUUCAGGCCCUGCCUCCCGAGAUGCAGCAUGAGAUAAUCACAGAGAUGAAAGAGAACAAGAAGAGAAAUUCCUGGAAGACAAUGGAUCAACUUCCCAAGAAAUCCAAUGAUUUCUCCAACUACCAAGUGAUGAAACUCCUUCAAAAGGGCAAGAUGACAAAACGGAUCGACGUCCUGCAAAAAGAGAUGAGUGAACGCAACGUCGGUGCCAUCGCAUCCAUGAUGGAUGUCGAGAGCGGUAGAUCCCAUGCGGUAGAGGGAGGUCGUAUCAUGUCCGAAGACUCUCACCAUUACUUGUUGGUGAAACGAAACUCUUCCAAGAUGGACGCAGACUCCUCCAAGAUGGAGGCAGAUGAGACUCCAGAAAUCGCGGAAGACGCCAGUCACCAAGACAAGAAUGUAGACUCCCAGGGCUCCAAACCCACUUGUGAAAUUGAACAAGACGGUCAGAUGGCGAAUGAUGUCAAAGUUCAAAGUUCAUCCCAUAUGCCAUGGGAAACUGAUGUGAUCAUCAUUGAUGAUACAGAACCGGAUGUUGAUUCCAAACACGCAGCAGAAAUAGCGCACGUUGUCAAAAACUUGUCAAAUAGUGGAAGGAAUUUGAUUAUAUCUGACUCAUCAGACAAAAUGUCUGUCAUACCUAAAGUAGAAUCAUCAAAUGUGAUUGAGAAAAUUGGCCUGAAAGGUCAGAGGUCAGACAGUGAUGAUGGCAUCCUUAAAGUAGACUCGCACUCGCAGGACAGUUUCAAGACUGGUUUAUUUGAGAACAGGACUGAGUUGGGACAAGACAAAGAAACAAUCGUCUUAAUUGAUGAUGAUCAGAAAGAUUCCGCAUCACUUCCUCGUAAAGCAAAAGAGAUGUCUUCCAUGGUGCAAGCUGACCAGAGAGUUGAAAAUGAAGCAACCAGCAAAUUAGAACAAGCCCAUCAAAAGGAAGAACAAACCUCUGAGGUAGCUGAAACGGCCAAAGACCUUUCCGAGGAAUCGGUGCCAACAGCAUCUCCUGAUGUCAUCUCUGUUGACGCGGAUGAUGAGAACCUUGCUGUCAUAGAAACAAGUAGGCAGGAGAUGAAGAAGGCAUCGGACGCAGCUGAGAUGGAUAGCUCAGUCAAGGAGGCGGCCAAAGACGGAGUGAUUGAUGCAGAUGAUGCAUCAUCCAGUGAUGGAGACUUUGUUGAAGUGCCUGAUCAGUCAUCGACUCGAGCCAUUGUCGAAGAACUAUUUCCUGCCAGCACAUUCAUACCAUCUGCUGGUGUGGGUGAAGUAACAACUCUAGCCUCAUCGCCGAGUAACUCGGCAGAUAUCAACACUCGGGAUUUAUCAGAAUCCAGAGCUUCUCAAGAAAGUGUUCCCAUGGAAACAGAAGCCCUAGUGACAGAGAUGGAUGAAGGAGGGGGGACUCAAGAAGAGGUUGGUCUAGAGGAUGUAGACGAUGCAGAAGACAUUGACGAAGAGAUACAGGAGGACCUUGAAGCUGAGAUGGAGAGACGUCGAGAAGAAGCCAGGAAGGAAUGGCAAGCCAUGAAUGUGGAGGAUGUACCACAUCUUGAGGAGAAUCUUGAGGCUCAGCGUCAGAUGCUGCGGACAGAGAGAGGCAAGCAAGAGAGAGUGGCCGCAUCCAUCACCGACCUGAUGUAUGCUGAGAGCAAGGAAUUGCUCCAACUGUUUGGCAUACCGUACGUUGAGAGUCCCCAAGAAGCCGAGGCGCAGUGCGCAUUCUUAGACAGGACAGAGCAGACGCAAGGCACAAUCACUGAUGACAGUGACGUCUGGCUGUUUGGAGGACGCACCGUCUACAAAAACUUCUUCUCCAAGCGGAGGGACGUGGAAUGCUUCAAGAACAACGAUGUCAAGAAACAGCUUGUCUUGGAUCGUUGUAAGCUGAUCAUUCUUGCUAUGCUCCUUGGCAGCGACUACACGGAGGGCAUCAAGGGAAUCGGCUGGGUGACUGCUAUGGAGGUCCUCGCGCAGUUCCCGGGUCAAGGAGUCGACCUACUCAAAGCUCUCAAAUCCUGGUGGGAUGUUGCCCAGGAGCAGUUGAUGCCACCCGUGGAGUCGCAGGUCAAAGGGAAGCUGCGCAAGUUGACCAUAUCCGCAUCCUUCCCCUGUCAGCAUGUAUUUGAUGCUUACUGGUCUCCCGUCGUCGACGACUCGACGGAGGAAUUCAGCUGGCAGUCCCCAGAUCUCGGCCUCCUUAGAGAAUUCGCCAGGGAUAAGCUUGGCUGGACAAGGACCAAGACUGACGAGAUUCUGCUCCCUGUGAUGAAGAAACUGAAUGAGAAAGUGACACAGAGUAAAAUCACCUCUUUCUUACAAUCUGAGAGGGGAGAUCCCCGAAAGGUGACCAGCAAGCGUCUUCAACGAGUCUUGAGACAUCUCCGGAAUCCUCAAGCAGCUGAACAAGAAGAGGAAACAAAAAUGAAGGGGAGUAGAAAAGGAGCAAGUGGGAGGAAAGGCAAAAAUGAGACAGUUGCUAAGGUGACCAAACCAAAGAAGAGGAAAAGAGAUGAAGGAGAUGGAGACUGUGGAGCUAGAACUAUUGACGCACAGAGUGAUGCGGUAUCCAUGGUAACCAGUGACAGUGCGGAUGGGGAGGACGAGGCAGUGAAGAGGAGCAACCAAGCGACUGAUGAUGACGGGGAAGACACGCAUUCAUCAAGUGAGGAGUAUGCAGCACCAAAGAAGAUUAAAAGGGCGAUAGAUGCUGCAGAUUCUCCAUCCUCUAGCUUACGAAGAAGUCAGAGAACUAGCGGGAAGAUUACAGACUACGAGGAAGAUAAACAAUCUCUGCUGGCAGAGUUUCUUGAAAUUGAGGAAACCAUGGCUCGAAAAACAGAGGGUGUUAUUCCAAGAACUCCCACAACAGAUCUGAGUAAAAACGGCGGUGGCGAUGAGACGCUUGUCAGUAAUUUGAGGACGGAAUAUUCAAGGCCCAGUGCAGAAGGAGCCAAACCAAUUGCAGACACUGAGGAGCCUUCAGCAAUGAAAAGUGAACUUCUUGGACUCGGGAAGCGCCUUGGUAAAAGGGGUAGAGGUCCCAGUGUGAAAGGUCGAAAGGGAAAGGGUAAAGGUCAAGUGGGAGUGAAAGGGAAAGGAAAAGCAGCUAUUGGUGGUGUGAGAGGCGGAGGUCCUAAACUGUCGGAGAGUAGCAGUAGUGAUUCUGAUGAGUAAGGGUGUCCUUGACAAUUGGGUUCAGUGGGCAUCCCUAGAGGUUCUGCUUGAGUGCACUUUCUUGACCUUUCUGGUCGUGAAAACACAGAUUCCCCAGAGCCUCGGUGGCGCUGUAAACGUACAAACCUGAGGAAAUAUGUAGAGGGAAGAUGGUGACGGGAGGUUCAGUUUUAGAGGUUUUCAAGACUGAAAAGCUAAUCCACCUGUUUGCCUGGGCGGGACCAAAACCCAGGUCACCCGGGGGAGGGGGGGGGGGGGCCUGCCCCAGUGCCC